CUGCGGACCACAACAACAACUGUGAGCAGAAAAGCUGUGACCACAACAACAACACCGCCAAGUGAAUUUGGCCAACUCUCUGAGAUCUCUAAGAUUGGAUUGGACUUGGACUGCGGAAGAGCGGUUGACGAGACGCGGAAGUAACAGCCUUCAACUCCAGCCAUGGCCGCUGUGCUGCCGGAGAAUGCGGCCGAGAUCGCGGUGGCCAACGCAAUCAAUAACAUCAACGGGAAUGGAAACGGGCGCAAUCGGGUGCUCCCGGGCGGAUUAGGGGGUGGUGGCCAGAACAACAUGAUGAACAUGCGGGAUCGACUGUUCCACGCCAUAUACUUUCGGGCGGCGGCCGCCUAUGCGGAGUUUGUUCCACGGAAGGUGCAGCUGACCAUCGAGUUCCUGCUGCUGGCCAAGGCCCUGCUGUUCUUCUUCACGCUCAUCUACGUGCACAACGCCUUCAUCAAGAAUCCCUGCACCUGUCUGCAGCAGGUUCAAAACUGGCCACGCGAAGGAGUCAUCAGAGUGGAGAUCAUCCCACACCUGGCGGAGAAGCGGGCCAUUUGGCAGGGCAUCAAGCGGGACCAGCAGAUCGUGCGCUCUUUAAAGGAUUCAUAUUAUUAUGGCAUCGGACCGCAAACCCUGGAAAAUCACGACAGACUGAAGCGUUAUGAGUCCAUCCUCGGCAGGCUGGGUCUGCCAGUUAGACCCACCUUCGCCUACAGCAACGAGUCCCUGUACUACUACUUCGAUGCCGUCAACAUCCUGGACACUUACGACCAUCCCAAUGCUAUACAACUUAAGAACGAGGAAGAUGACGAGGAGCAAUACAUUGUGGAGUAUUCGCUGGAGUACGGCCACCUGCGACUGUCUUCCUCCACGCGAAAGCGCUUAAACAUACCUGUACUCACUGUCCAACUGGAUCCCAAUAACGACAAGUGCUUCGGGGACGGACUGACGCGAUACCUGCUCAAACGUCUGCUGGGCUACGAUGACUUACUGAUGGCAUCGGUAAGAACGAUUGCCGAGCAGGAGGAGAACAAGGGCUACCUGCGCAAUGUCAUCACCGGCGAGCAUUAUCGCUUUGUGUCCAUGUGGUGGGCAGCCUGGAGCAGCUAUCCGGCUGCCUUCUUUGUGAUGCUGCUAUUUACAUUUUCGGUGUCCAUGCUGCUCCGCUACUCACAUCACCAGAUCUUUGUAUUCAUAGUCGACUUGCUUCAGAUGCUGGAGUACAAUGUGUCCGCCCGGUUUCCCAUUGCCCCUUUGCUUACCGUCAUUCUGGCGCUCGUAGGAAUGGAAGCCAUCAUGUCGGAGUUCUUCAAUGACACCACCACGGCCUUCUACAUCAUACUGAUUGUCUGGAUUGCGGAUCAAUACGACGCCAUCUGCUGCCACACGAGCAUCACCAAGCGUCAUUGGCUCAGAUUCUUCUACCUGUACCAUUUUGCGUUCUAUGCGUACCACUACCGCUUCAGUGGACAAUACAGGACGUUGGCGCUGCUCUCCUCGUACCUCUUCACCCAGCACUCGAUGGUGUUCUUCUUCCACCGCUACGAGCUGCCAGCCAUCAUGGCCCAGCACCAGGUCUUCAUCAUCACACGCAACCAAGGAGCGGCAGCAGCUGCAGCAGCCGCGGGAGGAGCUGCUGCAGGAGCGGCAGGAGGAGGAGGAGGAGCAGCAGCUGCUGCUGCCGGAGGAGCACCAGGAGGUGUGGCGGGAGCUGGGGGAGCUGUUGGCCAGCAGGCGGCCAUGCAACGUGCCCGCCUCAUAGUGACGCGUCUCUUCAGCCAAUUGGCAGCACAGCGCCAGGGGCAACAGCAGCAGCAGCCCCCACAUCCGGAGCCACAGCGUCAACCGGGACCCACUGCCGCCGUGGGCGUGGCCUUGGCCAACCUGAGGAGACUGCCCGUCGUGGGCCAGUGGCUGCAGGGCCGCGAGCAAUUCGCCACGGUGCGACGCGUCUUCCUGGGACACGGCGGCAACGCACGCCUGAUGCAGGUGCGUCUGCAGAGGAUAAACGUGGCCGACAUACCUGGCUUGCGCAAUCAGGUGGCAGCGGCCAUGGCGGCAGCCGGGGCUGUCCAACGGGGCGACAACCCGGCGGCUGAUGAACCUACCAGCGGCGAUGUUGCAACAUCAGCAGCAACAUCCGCCACCACAGAGGUAGCAGCAGCAGCAGCAACGCCAACAGCAACAGCAGCAACACAUGCAGCAGAUGUCGAAACAAAUCAGGGACGCAAGCAGCCGACAACAUCGGGCAUAAAUGAUGCAGCAGCAACGGGAGCGGAAGAAGCUCAAGACAAGCCCGUUCAGGAGGAGGUGGAUCAGGAAGAGCUGCCGGAUGAGGGGCAAACGGCGGCCGUGUCCAAGACGCUGGAAAAUCUAAAUUCCGUUGCGGCGGAUAUUAUAAAUAUGUCGGAUGAAACUACGGCUGCAGCAGCAGGGUCCCCCCUCGACGGCACUCAGCAUCCACAUCAGACCCCGAUUCGCACCCACGUCCAUGAUGUCCAUCAGACCCAGCCAAAGGCGAGGCAAUUAGAAAAUAAUUUGCCAGAGUUGCUGAAAGCGGAGGGGCCAUCCGCACCAGCAGCGGCAUCAGGUGAAAAGCAAAGCUGCCCACUACAAGCUCACAGCAUUAUGAAUGACCAGCAGCAUCAGGGGCAGAAAAACAAACCGGACGAGCCCGCGACAGCAGCAGCAACAACAUCAGCAGCUGCCACGUCAAAACAAUCCUCUGAGCGAGUAGCAGCAGCAGCAGCAGCAGAGGUAGGAGCAGCAGGAGGAGGAGCAGCCAGGCCAAUGAUGGAUGACAGGCAAACAGUUGAUUUUAUAGAAGGCGACAGCCCAACGUCAGCUGCAAAUUGCCAACUCAAUGUUGGCGCAAACCACAAGGCACAGGAGCAGCAGCUAAUGAAAACUUCACAACAUACAUCAAACCAAGUGACAACAGCAGCAGCAACAUCCGCAGAAUAGGCGAAGCAUUAGUGGCGAGCCCCCAAAACCAACCCAACCAUCCCGAAAAAAGCUACCCACAUAACAAGAUGUUAUACAUAAAAGAGCUAGUAAAUUUUAGAUAAUUUGUCUGGUGUACUUAUGUCCGGAGAUCAACCACGACUCACUCCGCCACCCCCACCCCCGCUCCGAUCCGAAUGUGUGCGUGUGAAUGUGUCUGCAAGGGGUUGGAUGGAUGGAUGGAUGAACGGGUGGAUAGGUGGAUAGGUGGAUGGGUGGCUGGUGGUCCUGAGUGGGGGAGAAGAGUGUGUGAGAACGUGCUUGAGCUCGGACUGAAAACGAGAUACGAUACGGAAACGGAAGCGGAAACGCGUAGUUGACCUGCUUGCACCUGCAGGGAAAAGUCAGGAUAUAUAUUAAUAAUGUUGCACGCCUUUUUAAUUAGCCAAAUACGUGAGAAGCCGCAACACAUGAACGGAUACAUACACACACACACACAGCAUGAACACACCACAAGCUAGUCGCUUUUUAAAACUUAACUUUUUUUGCCCAUCUUUGUUUGCCCCUUUAUUGAGAAAAAUGCGUUGAACAUUUUUAAUUAACUUUCGUGGUGCCUUUAACCCACGCAGCCCCAGCUCCGCCUAGAACCAUAGACCCAUAGAACCCUGGGAAUCCUGGGAAACCGCCCGCCAACCGGACGGACAAACAGCCGUAAGCCCUUCCGGCCGAUAACCAAGCGAAUGCCGCUACUGCUGUCUUUGCGUUAACUUUAUGGAAGCCCACAGCAUUGUCAAUUGUAAUAUAUUUUGUUUGUUUGAACAUUAUUUAAAAAACCCAAAUGGCAUCACAAAGAAACACUGUGAAUAUUCAUGAAUAAAUAACGUUGAAUGUUUGACAAAUAUCACAAUAAUUAAUAUUGGCCGCUUAUUAAGUCAAUACAAUGACUGUGAAAUUCAUUUUUGUACUUUUGUUGUUUUCGCUUUGUGUUAAGUAUACUCCUACUUUGUACAUGGUAUUUGAUUGUAACUCCGAUCCGAUCUGGUCUGAGAUUGAGUGAGUGUGUCGAACUAUUCAAUAAGCAAUGGAGGUCGAAAUCUAAGUUCGAGAACGGUUUAUAACUCUUAACUUUACACACUAAACUAAUACUAGUAGCUAUGACUAUUUGCUAUUGCUAAAAAUGUUAUUUCUAAAUGUGUAUAAAUAUAUACGACAUAAAUCAAGUAAAAA